ACCAAAAAUUGAUGAGUUUUAAUUAUUAUUUUGGCAAAAAUUGUAUUCAAAAUAUCAUUAUUAAAGUUCAAAAGAAUUCCAGUUUAUCGUUGGAUCUUAAUCUAUUAAUUUUCUCUCAAGAGCCCAAAGUAUUGGAAUUUUUUUUCCAAUUUUGUGGGUACCUCAACCACCAAUUAUAGAUUAUUUAGCAUAUCAAUAGGAUUAUCCUUGAACUGGAACCUCCUUGUUUACUAUUCGUCCUUUCCUUCCUCCUUCGUAAAUUUCGUUUGCGUAAUCUGAUGUAAUGUAAUGUAAUGUAAUGUAAAAUAAGUUGUGCUCUUCGCGAUAUUUUGAUUGAAGAUUUCACACGUGUUUGCUUUUAUCCGAUUCAACCGGAGUAAUCGCGAUCAAAAUACACUAUCUGCGCUUUAUAUACAGCAAUCUACUUCGCCGUAAGUAAUCAAGAUGUCCAAACAAAAAACCAACAACGAGACUUUGCCAUCAGCAAGUCCAACAUCGGAAACUCAUUCGUCGUCUGUCUCGAAAAAACCCAAGAAAUCGAGUGACAAGUUAUCGUCAUCGGAAUCGAAUCUUGCUCAAAACACUACUAAAAAUCAGAAGAAACGAAAACUAUCAUCGUCGCCGAAUUCCAAGAACAAGAGACGAGUUGUGGAUGUGGAAGUGUCCCCCUCAUCAGGGUUAAGAAACGUUGUAGACUCGUCGGUAAAAUCGAAAAAGAAGAAAGAACGAAAUGACGAAGAUGGAUCAGGAUCAGGAUCAGGCUUAUGCUCGGUAGGAAGUGCUGCGGUUUCUAAACAAAAACCAAGAUCGUCGUCGGAUAGCUCCAAGUCGAAAUCACAGUCGGCUCCAAAAGUAGGACGUGGACGUGGACGUGGCACUGCAGCAAAACAGCAAACGAGUUCUGUGUCCUCGUCAAGUUCUUCGUCUUCGUCAAGUUCUUCGACUGUGUCAAGUUCUUCAUCGAGCUCUUCACUUCCAUCGACUUCUUCGCGCCGGUCAAGUUCGAAGAGGAAAUUGAAGCGGGUGUCGAGUUCUAAAACUAAAGAGUUAUACUUGAAACAUCAAAAAUCUACCGAGUUCAAACGUGUCUUCAAAUCUGAUCGCGAUCCUGACGAAUCGUAUAAAUAUUUGCUCGCAACCAGAUCUCCAAGCAUCACAUUUAUGUACCAUGAUCGACAGAGGCACUUCAAAUUUACUCGAGACGCUUCUCCUGAAACUCGUGCGACGGAACUGUGGCAGUCGAUUAAACCUCCACGCGGACCCAACGGUCGCAGAAAAUAUCAUUUUUUUGAGAAGUGUGCCGGUUUGAAUCAUUUAUCUGGAGAAUCUUCCGACGACGAACCGUUCGAGGAGUCCUCCGAUUAUUUAUCCGAUACCGAGGAGUCCAGCGAUGAUGAAAGAUCUAAAUUCUACGAAGUACAGGAUCUUUUGAAAUAUCAUAUGCUUCCUGGUUAUAACUAUAAGUACUAGAGAACGUAGUUUAGCUACAAGAGAUUACAUGCUUCAGUAUUGAAAGCAUCUCGAAUAUUGUUAAUUAACGUUUUCUCGUUUUGUGUUGAAUGUUUUGAUUCAUACUUGUGUUUUUAUUUUUAAUUUCGUCGAUUUAAUUACGAAUUAUUUUAAUUAAGCUUCUACAUUACAUAUAGCUAUUUUUACUUUUUUAUUUCAUGCUUAAGUAUCAAUCAGCGUGUUUCAAAAGCUGUCUUCGAAACAUUUUAUCAAGAUUACGAUUCUCUAUCAACUUUAUACCUAAUAUUUGAUAGUUUUUGACCGAUCAACGUUUUAAUAUUUUAAUUUUCAGUAGGUAACCUUCGAAAUGAUAUUCUCAGAUAUACUUUUAAUUCAAUAAUAUAACCUUAACCAGCAUCGAAGAACAAAUUUCAUUCUGUUAAAUUUUCAAGGUUUUUGUUUUGUAAUUCCCAUAUCUUUAUUAUUUUACAUUUUUCGAUUUAAUUAAAUACUGUUUUGAUAUUUUAAUUAUUAGUUCCUUUAAACUGAAAUUCUGGGAUUCAUUACUUUCGAAUUCGAUAAUCGAUCAUUUUCCAAGGUUUUAAUUGUUUGAAAAUUUUAGUUAGGUGUUCAACAACUGUUCACCUACUCGAUGGUUUUUCAAUUCUGUAUUAUUAGGUUCACCGCGUUUAGGAUGAGAAUUCAGUUUACUGGAAUUUAUUUACGUAUAAUUUUCUUUUAAGUUUUAAUUUUUUCCAGCAAAUUCUUUUUAGAUACAGAUUCUUGCUUCGUAAUUUUGUUUUUUCAACUUGAAAUUUUUUCAGGUGUAAUGACAACAUUGUCAAUCUGUUACUAUUAUUCAAUAAAAAUGGCGAAAUUUUUGACCGAA